UUGCGGUCUCGGAUAGAUGACUCGGCUGGUGUCUGGUAGGACCAUAGGUCACUGUUCCAUGUAAAUACCACCAGGGGAUUUAAGCCCAACAUGAGGUGACACUGCAGCAAAUCUAAGAUGUCGCUCACCGGACUGGCCAUCGUGCUCCUGUGUCUUCCAGUGGUCACGGAACAGCUGAGUUUCCUACCAGAUUUUUAUGAGCAGUCCAGAGUCUCCUUCACAUCGGGUGAUGACGUCACACUCACGUGCCCGGUUACUCUACAUCCGGGCGAGGAUUAUGAACAAGUUGAGUGGACAUUCCUCUCCUGUGGACGCUAUUUCUUCAUGAACCCGUGCUAUGAACGAUCCGUUUGGUCAAGAGAGCAAGGACUUGGGAUCCAGGAAGGUCCCGAAAUUUCUGAAAUUCCCCAAGACAGUUCUGUGAAGGCUGUAGCUACAGUCAAGAACAUCACCAAUGGGUAUUACCUUUGCCGUGUUGUUGGUACAGGAAGCACCGAUCAGUCCCACCUUUUCGACGUGUAUGUUCUUGAAAAUGCAUCGGCCGUGCCAACCAUAAGACCUGAUCCAAUUUUCGUCGUGAAGGGUGCGACAGGAUCUGUACAAGUCACGUGCAAGGACGAGGCCUAUGUUCCUGGAAGCAUCAUGAGAAUCUAUCAUGCAAGUUGGUCUUUUAGAGCAACAUUCGUCGAACUCCCAACAGUUUGCACCAUCACCUAUGACCCCGAGACUCCUUCUGAAACGGUGUCUUGCCAAGCGGAAGUUCCAGCAUCCAUCUUGUCAGGCAAGCUCACCUUGCAAAACUCAAUCCAUUGCGACGUCAUCCGUCCGGGAGGAAAACGGAUAUCUCUGCAAAGACGUGCGAGGAUUGUGGACCUUGGUAGCGGCUCCCAAACAAUCACAAUAUGAUGUCAUGCCCAAGAUAAAAUUCUGUUUGAUGCCCGACAUAUUUGAAAAUAGAUACAUAAUUAAAAGCUUGCAAACAA